AAGUCCCCGGGAGAUCCCACCCAUUCGCAAGUGUAAAAUAAAUCUCUAAAGUUGUACCUCGUGUACCACUUGACCUUAUUGCUGUUAGCUCGCUGGUUUAUAUCUAUUUAUUUAUUUUCUUUUGGUUUAUACCCAAAGAGGGGCUGGAAGGAGAUGAAUUUUGAAGCAGCACCUUUCACCACCUUGCAGUACUACCCUGAUCCCUGCAUCCAGCGGUUUGUAGAAACUCCGAGCCACUUCUCCUGGAAGGAGAGUUACUGCCGAUCGGCCAUGUCCCAGAGCUCACAGCCCAGGGAAUUCCUCAGCCCAGAGGUGCUCCAGCAUAUCUGGGACUUCCUGGAACAGCCAAUAUGCUCAGUUCAGCCGAUCGAUCUGAACUUCAUCGAUGGCCCAUCUGAAAAUGGCUCGACAAACAAAAUAGAGAUUAGCAUGGACUGUGUCCGGGUGCAGGAUACAGAGCUGAAUGACCCAAUGUGGCCGCAGUACACGAACCUGGGGCUCCUGAACAGCAUGGACCAGCAGAUCCAGAAUGGCUCAUCCUCCACCAGCCCCUACAACACGGAGCAUGCACAGAACAGCGUCACGGCCCCCUCGCCUUACGCCCAGCCCAGCUCAACUUUUGAUGCCCUCUCGCCCUCCCCAGCCAUCCCUUCCAACACAGACUACCCAGGACCUCACAGCUUCGACGUAUCAUUUCAACAGUCCAGCACCGCAAAGUCAGCAACGUGGACGUAUUCCACUGAACUGAAAAAGCUGUACUGCCAGAUCGCCAAGACAUGUCCCAUCCAGAUCAAAGUGAUGACCCCGCCACCUCAGGGAGCUGUCAUCAGGGCUAUGCCAGUCUACAAGAAAGCUGAACAUGUCACCGAAGUGGUCAAACGCUGCCCGAACCAUGAGCUGAGCCGGGAAUUCAACGAGGGGCAGAUUGCACCUCCCAGCCACCUCAUCAGGGUGGAAGGGAACAGCCAUGCCCAGUAUGUAGAAGACCCCAUCACUGGGAGGCAGAGUGUGCUGGUCCCCUAUGAGCCGCCCCAGGUCGGUACAGAGUUCACAACAGUCUUGUACAACUUCAUGUGCAACAGUAGCUGUGUGGGAGGGAUGAACCGUCGCCCCAUCCUCAUUAUUGUGACACUGGAAACGAGAGAUGGGCAGGUCUUGGGCCGCCGCUGUUUCGAAGCCCGUAUUUGCGCUUGCCCGGGCAGAGAUCGCAAAGCAGACGAGGACAGUAUCCGCAAGCAGCAAGUCUCCGACAGCACAAAGAAUGGUGAUGGUACGAAGCGCCCAUUUCGACAAGGAACUCAUGGAAUACAAAUGACAUCUAUCAAAAAAAGACGUUCCCCAGAUGAUGAGCUCUUAUACUUGCCGGUGAGGGGACGGGAGACUUAUGAAAUGCUACUGAAGAUCAAAGAAUCCCUGGAACUUAUGCAGUACCUUCCCCAGCACACAAUUGAGACCUACCGGCAGCAACAGCAGCAGCAGCACCAGCACUUGCUCCAGAAGCAUCUCCUUUCGGCCUGCUUCAGGAGUGAACUCACGGACUCAAGGAGAGACCCUCCCAAACAGACCGAUGCCAUCCUAAAACAUUCCAGCCCCCCAAACCCAUCAGUAUAUCCAUAACUGAACUGGUGGGGUCACUUUGCCCAGCUGGUGGGACUAGGAACAGUGGGGCAAACACAGCCUGAUAGCAACAGAGUAAAUAGUGAGAGUAAUCUCCUGAAGGGACUCAAACUUUGCAGAAAUGACAGAGACUUCUACAGACCUCUUAGCUGUAGCUCAUAGCAUUGGGAGGUCAGGAACCACAAUGUCGUCUGUCUCGGUGUAACGUUUUUUUUUCCUGGUUUUGUAACCUGUUGAUACUCUUUCCUGGUAUUUCUGUAUUUGUGAAACUCGGCAGGGUUUCUCUGAGCAGGUCUCAAUUCUAAAAUGCCUCUUGUCUUGUUUAAAUUAAAAAUGUGUUUGUGGGCUGGGGGGAUGGAAGAGUGUUGGGUGUGCUUAAACAGUCUGUGAUAAUCGAUUUGGCUUGUUUUAAUGCUGGUCAUGCAGUAGUGGUGGAAUUAGAGAAAGUAUUUACACUGCUGGACAGAGGGAGGUAAUAAUUAUAUGAAUUGGCACUGGUAAGAAUUUUUUUUUUCUUGUAGAAAUGCCCACUACUUUGGCAUCACAAAUUGUUUCCUCUUACUUGUAAUCAUAAAGGGUCUGAUCUAAAAUAGAUAAAAACUGUAGGGAAGAGUGGGUUACUUUGACUUUGCACCAGCACUGCUGGCAUUAAUCCAGCUUAGCUGGACUUGGAAAAGUCCCUUCUGACUCUGUGGGUUCAGUCCAUCUGGUGGGCUGAAAUGCACAAGAUGAAUGCGAGUUUGGAGUCUUUCUGCGUAAUGACAUCUGUGUGUGUCCAGUGUCCCUGUGAAAGGGGGUUGGAGCUUGCCUUUUUCCUUGCAGAUGUUCAGCAGUUGUUAGAUGUUUCUUUAGGGUAUUAAUCAACCCUACUGUGUUUUACUCCAUCACUACAAACCUCACAGAUGAAAAGAAAGCAGUGCCAGCAUAUUUUGCAGCUGACUCACCCAAGUGGCCUCAGGCAAUGCCCACCUUGUCCUGCAACCAGUGGCUUUAGCUUAUUAUGUCUGUGAAGUGCAUCCUGACUUAAUUCCUAUGCAGGAGACCAUUUCUUAGCCACGACUUGAAAUCCUCCCACUGCUUGUAUCUAACUCUACCUCUGAAGGUCAUUUGUAUGGGGCUUGACAAGCUGAAUUUGAACACUUUGGAACUUCAUCUGUUGAUGAAGUGUCAAGCCCAGACCAGCACAAAGGAGGAACGACCAACAGGCAAGUAACACACCAUAGAAUUAACCUGGCAUUGCUGAGUGUGGCAUAGGUGCAGAUGAUGAUGAUGAGGGAGGAGCAGGUUGAGGGUGGGCAUAAUGCCUGCAGUGAGGAGGUACCCAAGCAUCCUCGCAUAAAGAACAACCACUGAUGCUGGUAAAGAAACGUCCUUCAACCCAUGUUCUCAAGAAGUGACAUCUCUUCUGAGGAGCCUUCCAAUGUUGACAGCUGCAGGAGAGAUGUGAAGAAGUUACUGAAGGUACACUAGGAAUGGUGCUCACUGUGGGCUGAGGGAGCAGCUGAGGAACAGAGCUCAGUUGCAGUGCCAGUGGUCAGCAAGACCCUGAGAAACAUGGGGUUAGAUCAACACAGGUGGGGACCUGUGUGCCUUCAGUCCAGUCCAUGCUGGAUUUAAUUGGAGCAGGUGCCUACCCAGCUCUGACACGCUUGUGGUUAGUCACAGCUGGAAGAGAAAGUGCCUCCCAGAUGCAGAGUGGGCCUCCUGGCCACCCACCAAGGAAAAAAGCCUGAUGCAGUGAGAGAAGACUCUUAUCAGAACAUCACAUUAUCUGCUUCCAGGCAGCAGAGCUGUGAUCUGAGCAGGUGAUGACUCGUACUAACAUCUCCUUUGAGAGCCAUAUCCCAUCUCUGGAUAUCUCCUUCAUUGUCUUAGCAAGACUUGUUCUGCUAUAGCAGUGUGGGGGAGGGCUGAUCAAUAGGAGUCAGAAAAAUUGUGAUUAAGUAUAAAUAAUAAUGAAUUAAAUAUUAGUAGUGACUCUUUCAUUCAGUUUCAGCUCUACCAUCACUCCUUGUAUAAAGUUCACAAUCAAGUGCCUCUUUACUUUGCUUGGUAACUCUAGGAAGUACUUUGAGAUCACAAAGCAGAUAAAUAUUGCUCUGUACCUUUUUUGGGGGAGAAGAAAGGCAAUACCAUUACUGUCCCUGUGAGAGGUAGGAAUCUAAACUGCAAAUGCAGCCCACAUGCAGGAUUAUGCUUGGCACUGUCAGUGGGUCUUUCCAGUGAAGGUUUAUUCCUGUAACUUGGUCUUGUCUGCUUGUGGCUGGCACUACAGAAAUACGGCAACAAGGACACACUAACCUGUAUCUAGAGCUCUGCUCCAGGGCCUGCCCACCAGUAUGUUUGAGGAGGCAGACCACCAGAAGAUAGAAGGCACAUGGAAGAUGUCCUUGCCAAUGGCAAGGGGGGUGGAACUAGAUGAUCUUUAAAAUCCCUUCCGACCCAAACUGAUCUAUUAUGAUUCCAUGAUACGCACCUUGCAACAGGAGAUUCCAACUCCUGCUCCAGUUCAUCAUCUGCUCCAGUUCAUCAUCUGGUCUGACCUGUAGGAAAUAUCUUGUAGCAUGAUAGGCAAUACAGCACCUGGGACUUCACCAAAUCAGAAUGUAAAUUAUUUGGAUCCCACUAUCCCCUGGAAAGGCUUUCCAAUUUGUUCUCCUUACAUAUAAGAGGAUGAUGAUUAUACAGAUGGCAUUAAUGGUGACUUGAUUUUCUCUCCAGAUACUAGGAUAAUAACCUGAAACUGGAAGCAAUUGGAGUUGCUUCAUAGUCUGUCUUCUGCAGAUAAAAGAAAAGUUUUUCCCAGCUGUCCUUGCUUCUUUGCCAUCUUCAGAUGGCUUCAGAAGAAAAAAAGCUUUUCCUUCCAAGGAAUAACCAAGUAGAAUAAUUAGGCCUUAUCAGUCAGGUCCUAUCAGUCUGUGUCAACUAGUUGAUAUGUAUCCACUCCCUGUAUUACAGCUCCAUUCCCUGGAGAGAUUGCAUCCACUGCCUGCCUUGGGAAAUUCCCAUAUCUGAAAUCUAAGGAGAGUCAUUAUUGCCACCCUUGUCCCUGUGCUGUAGUUGCUGUCUGCCUAGUGACCACCAGGACUUCUCCUUUCCAUGAUCCCAUUUAGUUACCAAGCCUACAAACCACUUGUGUGGUUGAAAAAAUGCACUAUUGCUUUCUCUGGAAUAGCAUCUAGUUGAGAUGUGCUUUUUAGUGUUCUGCUUCAUGGAUCUUCAGAGUGGAUGAGUGCUACUGAGCAGCAUCUGUGUCACUUGUGUGCCUUUACUAGACUACAUCACUGACAAGCCAGUGUUACACAGCCCUUACUGGGAAACCUUAUCUGAAGAAAACAUUGCUAAUGGGCAUGCUGCCAGUGUGUGAACUUGGGAUGUAAUCCUUUUUGUACUUGCUGUGGCUACUGUAAGGAAAGGCAGGCCCAGAACUGGACAGCUUCGGUUCCACUUGGAUCUCCCUGGGAUAGCAAACUGGGCACAGGGCCUUGGGUGAAAUCUUAAAUUUAUUGAGCCUGGGCUGCCCUAUUCUUGCACUUAAUGAGCCUUUGAUGUCAUUUGCAUUAAGGUUGCUUACAUGGCGGUGUGCUCAUCUAAUGUGAGUGAGUACUCUAGGACUUGUCUACUGAAUCAGGUAAUUGUUCUAUCCAAGCAGUUUCCUACAUCUGGUGAAGGGCUGAUAACGAGGGAGCUGGGAAAGCAUAGAAUUAGACAAGAUAACUUGUGAACGGAACUGUGCUUUGUAUGUGGGAGAAGUAGGAAGUUCCUUCCUGACCUCUUGAGAUGAUCAGUAUAUGCCUUGAAGCAGGAGAGGCGAUUGCCCUCAUAUGAGCUUGCAUAACUGAAAUACUAUUGGCUAAAUAAUAAUGUAGCCUCUUGAAGAGAGAAAAAUCAGUUGCGGAAUGCGACUCAGUGCCUUUUGUAUCAGACUGUUCCAAGAAGUAUAAUAGUCUCUUAAUUGAAGUCCUUAUACCUUGAUAUUAAAAUGCAUUUCAUUGGCAUUGAUAUCAAAGAGAUGUUAAUGCUCCUACUUCUAAUCUAUCUUGAGACAGUCUAAUUUUAAUGAAAAUCACUGUGCAUGACAUUCGUAUAAUACCUGUUUAAAAAAAUGAGAAAAAAGCAAUAUAUUUUAGAUGAAUCUUGAAACACCAUGUAGUCUGUGUGUUUAAUACCAAAAAACAUUUUCUUGUGUUUCUGAGGCUGUUGCUAUAUUGAUGUGUGACACUAAUUUUCAAUAA